GGGCGUGCGCGCCUCUCUCCCCCACCCCACCCCACCGGCCCACACCCGCACGCGUUUCUCCCGGUCGGAGGCGGCAGGCAGGAGGCGGAGGAGCAGAAGACGGCCGCCACCUCCUCUACCGGAGUCCCGCAUUCCCCUGACCCGACAGGAACCCCCUCGCCGUUGCCGCGGCAGCUCGAACCGACCGGCCUCUGAUUGUAGUUAGUAGAUAAUGGGUGUGAUAUCACGGAAGGUCCUGCCGGCGUGCGGGAGCCUGUGCUAUUUCUGCCCUGCACUGCGGACGCGGUCCAGGCAGCCCGUUAAGCGGUACAAGAAGAUCCUUGCUGAAAUCUUUCCAAAAACACAGGAUGAAGAACCUAACGAGAGAAGGAUUGGGAAGUUGUGCGAGUAUGCUUCGAGAAACCCUCUUCGAGUGCCAAAGAUCACAGUUUACUUGGAGCAACGGAUUUACAAGGAGUUAAGAAGUGAGCAGUAUGGCUUUGCCAAAGUGGUGAUGCUAAUAUACCGCAGACUGUUGGUUUCUUGUAAAGAACAGAUGCCACUGUUCGCAAGCAGCUUAUUAAGUAUUGUACACACUCUUCUAGACCAAAAGAGGCAGGAUGACAUGCGCAUCAUAGGGUGUGAAACCUUGUUUGAUUUUGCUGUCAAUCAGGUGGAUGGUACAUAUCAGUUCAAUUUGGAAGGGCUGGUCCCAAGACUAUGUGAAAUAGCUCAAGAAGUAGGAGAGGAUGAGAGGACAAAUGCCCUGCGCGCUGCAGCCCUGCAAGCCCUUUCAGCUAUGGUCUGGUUCAUGGGAGAGCUUUCUCAUAUCUCGUCAGAGUUUGAUAAUGUUGUUCAAGUCGUACUGGAAAACUACAAACCUCAGAAGAUGCAAAAUGCUGAUCAAGGCACCAACAAUACAGAGAAUCAAUCGGUGCAGGAAGUCCGAAAGACAGAGCAUCAUCAUUCGCCCUUUGUCAUCUCUACAGCCCCCUCUUGGGAGAGCAUCGUUAAUGCUAAGGGAGGAGUUAACCUGCCUGUGGAAGAUGCUAAGGAUCCUAAGUUUUGGUCCAGAACCUGUGUGCACAAUAUGGCCAAGCUUUCUAGGGAGGCAACAACGUUCCGACGCAUCUUGGAGUCUUUGUUUCGGUACUUUGGUAACAAUAGUUCAUGGUCGUCACAAAAUGGACUUGCUCUGUGUGUCUUGUUGGACAUGCAACUUUUAGUGGAAAGCUCAGGUCAAAACAUGCACUUAAUGUUGUCACUACUGAUAAAGCACAUUGAACACAAGUCCAUGUUGAAGCAGCCAGACAUGCAGCUUAGCAUUGUGGAGGUGGCAGCUACCCUUGCAGAACAAUCCAGUGCUCAGGCUUCAGCAGCAACUAUAGGUGCCAUAAGUGAUCUUGUCAGGCAUUUGAAAAGGACAUUCCAUAUUACUCUUGGCAGUAAAGAUCUGGAGUUAGUAAAAUGGAAUGAAAAAUUUCGGAAGGCCAUAGAUGAAUGCCUAGUGCAGCUAUCAAAGAAGGUAUCUGAUGCUGGGCCAGUUCUUGACAUGAUGGCUGUGAUGCUAGAAAACAUUGCAAGCACUCCUGUUGUAGCAAGAUCAACUGCAGCUGCUGUUUAUCGCACAGCUCAAAUAAUUGCUUCUGUACCAAAUUUGCAAUAUCAGAAUAAGGUGUUUCCUGAAGCUCUGUUUCAUCAGUUGCUGUUAACAAUGAUCCACCCUGAUCAUGAAGCUCGUGUUGCUGCACACCGCAUAUUUGCUAUUGUUUUGGUCCCGUCUUCUGUAUCCCCCUUGAAUCAAGCAAGUACCUCUGGCCAGACUAAGAAACAUGACAUGCAGAGGACACUUUCUAGGGCUGUCUCUGUAUUUUCGUCUUCAGCUGCUAUCUUUGACAAGUUGAGAAAGGACAAGUACUCUGACAAUUCACAAGGAGAAAACAAGGAUAAUAAUUUGCAUAGCAUUGAUGAAGGGACCGGAAAUUCCAAGCGUCAAAAUCUGCCUGCGUCUCAAAGCCGUCGACGUAGCAUGAAAGUUCCAAAUUUUUCCAUGAAAAGAGGUCCUUCAAUGGCUAUGAGAGCUCCUUCAGUAUCUAUCAGAGCACCCUCAAUAUCUAUGAGAGCUCCUUCUAUGUCUCUGAGAGCACCUUCUAUGUCUGUAAAGGAGGAACAAAGUUCCUCAAGCAAGCCAGACGAUGAAACGGAAUCAAUGUUGCUGAAACUGAGUGGUCGUCAGAUCACACUUUUGUUGUCAUCCAUUUGGGCUCAAGCGAUAUCUCAUGAAAAUAAUCUUGCGAACUAUGAAGCAAUUGCUCAUACUUACAGUUUGUUUCUGUUAUUUUCUGGAUUCAAGGCAUCAACUUUUGAGGCUCUUACUCAGAGUUUUCAGGUUGCAUUUUCUUUGAGGAGCUAUUCACUCACUGAAGCAGAUUCGUUACCACCAUCUCGGCGCCGGUCCUUAUUUACUCUCUCCACAGCCAUGAUUAUUUUCUCUUCAAGAGCUAACAAUGUGUCACCUGUUAUUCCAAUCUGUAAACAAAUGCUUAAUGACCGAACGGCUGAUCCUUUCCUUCAUUUGGUGGAUGAGAGCAAACUUCAGGCUGUGAAAGAUUCCUCAGAUGAUCCGUCAAAAAUAUAUGGAUCACCAGAGGACAAUGCUAAUGCAUUGAAGUCCCUUUCAGAAAUAGAACUAACCGAAAGUCAAUCUCGAGAAUGCAUAGUCUCCACUAUCAUGAACAGCAUUGCAGAUUUGCUGGAUGCGGAGCUGCAUAAUGUGAGAAGCCAAUUGCUAAGUGACUUCUCUCCUGAUGACAUGUGUCCAAUGAGCACUCAGUUUUUUGAAGCACCUGUUGAGAAUUCGUCAUCAGGAUCUCAUGAGACUGCCCACCAAGAGGUAUAUACGUCUGAUAAGUGUAUUCAUCUCCUAUGUUCCAUGCUAAAAUGCGUUUAUUUCCAACAGGCCAUGCUGAUUGACCUGGGCAAUGACCAUGAUAUUUUUGGGGAAGCUUCAGAAAGCACAGCAGCUUGUGAAACUUCUGUACCUGUAUCAGAUCUUCUGAGUAUUGAUCAGCUUCUUGAAACAGUUGUCACGGACCCAGCACCUCAGACAGGUAUAGUUCCAAUGUCAAUAGACAUGGCAUUCAAGGACAUGACCAGUCAUUGCGAAGCCCUCACGAUGGGAAAACAGCAGAAAAUGUCCACCUUCAUGAGCUUCCAGCAGAACAUGCAAGCGGCUGCCCCACCAAGCAAUCAGCCCAACCAGAUGGAAUUGGCUCUUUUCCAUGACCCACAGUUGCCUCAGCCGGCUGGGGUGCAGAACACAAAUCCUUUCGUCGACGAUAACCUGCACGGCUAUCCUCAAUACGCAAACGAUGGCAACCCACAGCAAUCUUACGGCAUCCAGCAACAGUUCCUGAAGCUACCAGCAUCGAGCCCAUAUGACAACUUCCUCAGGGCUGCUGGCUGCUGAGGUUCAGCCAGCAGGCUAUCGUUACAGUGACUGUGUUCUCAAGAUAGUACCACAGAUGUGGCAGUUUUCCAUUUUUGCGAAGAAGGUAUGCCCGCUUAUGUGGUCUUAGAGGGUUAACCGGACUCAGCACCCAUUCCAUUCAUUCUUUAUGUAUAGCUGUAUAGGUCGGUUCUUGUGUUGUUGUGUUUUGCCGAUGCAACGUUUAGAGGGACUGGGGGGAGCAGUGCUUCUAUCACAAACUGUACAUGUAACAUGUUGCCAAAUAUAUAAAGAAAAAUUAUGUGUAA